AGAAAAUUAAGAAGUAAAAAAACAAAUAUGGACGUUGGAAUGGCGUCAUAAAUAGUUAAUGACGUUGUUUAUUAUUUUGUGCUGAGUAUUUUAAUUAACACUCGAAGAAAAAUCUACUUUGUGGUGAUUUUGUAAAAUGUGACUACUGUGUGGCUACCUAGAAUGGACUGUUUUCGACUAUGUAUUAAUUUUGCGUAGUGAUCAAAAUGUCAAACAAUACUGUCGGCUCCUCGGGACAUGCUCCCGGCAAAAUACGUGGACCUGGAAGACCUCCAAAACGUACUUGUACUUGGUGUGGAGAAAGUAAAACACCACUAAAGUAUGUAUUGCCUACUGAAAAUGGUAAAAAGGAGUUCUGUUCGGAGACGUGUCUCUCUGAAUUCCGACAGGCUUACAGCAAAGGUGCCUGUCUACAUUGCGACAAUGUUAUUCGCGGCAAUGCCCCUUCUAACAAAAAUUUCUGCUCAACUUACUGUCUGAAUAAAUAUCAAAAGAAAAACGAGAAGAGAACUACUUCCCCUCAGUCUGGUAAUGGAGCUAAUGGUACUGAAAGUAAUUCAAACAACAAUUCCACCACAUACUACGAUUUAUAUCAAUUUUUCGAUUGGACUGAAUAUAUGAAAGAAACAAGCAGUGUAGCUGCACCCGAUGAAUGUUUUAAGCAGGCUCCUUUACCUCCUGUCAAUGAUUUUAAAGUGAAUAUGAAAUUGGAAGCAUUAGAUCCUCGUAAUUUGACUUCAACCUGUAUAGCUACUGUAGUUGGUGUGUUAGGGCCGAGACUAAGAUUAAGGCUUGAUGGUAGUGACAACAAAAAUGACUUUUGGAGGCUUGUGGAUGCAGGGGAUAUUCAUACAAUUGGACAUUGUGAAAAAAAUGAUGGUAUGUUACAGCCUCCACUAGGAUUUCGCAUGAAUGCUAGUAGCUGGCCUAUGUUUUUGCUCAAAACUCUUAAUGGAGCUGACAUGGCUCCCUCAAAAGUGUUUCAGCCUGAACCACCUACACCAAAAACUAACUUAUUUGUUGUUGGUCAAAAAUUGGAGGCUGUUGAUAAAAAGAAUCCACAGUUGAUUUGUUGUGCAACAGUGGGAGCAGUUAAAAAUGACCAGAUCCAUGUGACAUUUGAUGGAUGGAGGGGUGCAUUUGAUUACUGGUGUAGGUACGACUCCCGUGAUAUAUUCCCAGUAGGCUGGUGCGCCCGAGCUGGGCAUCCUUUACAACCUCCAGGUCAAAAGAAUGCAACAACACCAUCUAGAUUUAAGUUACGGCCAAGUGGUAUACCAAAUCCUGCUUUACCAGAAGGCGGCUCUACAGGUAAUAACAAUACUGGAACAACUGAAUCUGGUACAUCUAGUCCUGUGGCCAACAUUUGUCUACACAUUCGUAGUAGUUGCCAAGGGGGAAGUCCCAAUCUACCCACCUCUGUCAAUGGAAUUGGUGCUUCAGGGGCGGCAGAAACUCUUGUCAAGGAGCUACUAAGUUCUCAUCCUGACCCACAGAAGUUAACCAGGGCUAUUCUCACAGCCUCGAGUAGUUAUUCAAAUAUUACUAAUGUUCAGGUGUCAUCGGGAAGUAAGAACUAUUCUGUAAAAGUUCCGUCAGAUUUAAGUAGAGAUGAGUUGAAGAACUGGGUGAAGGCAGUAUGUGGAGGUGCAGGGUGGUGUGUGGGAUUGGUGGAAGUAGACACGGGAGAUGCAGCCGUGAGGCCCUGUACCCUCUGCGGGGAAUCUACUUCUAAUGUGGUACCUGUCAAGAGGACCAAAACUCAGGAAGGCAGCAAAGUAAACGGUGAUGGGCCAGGUGCGAAGUUGGCCCGGGUGUCCCCCGAGAGGCCGGAGCCGGCUUCAUCCACCACGGGUGCUCCUCCCCCUCCGCCCGCAGCCCUGGCGCCCCCCGACUGGUCCGUGGAAGACGUCAUUGGGUUCAUCGCAGCGGCUGAUCAGGCACUGGCCGCUCAUGCCGACUUAUUUAGGAAACAUGAAAUAGACGGCAAGGCCCUUCUGCUCCUGAAUUCGGACAUGAUGAUGAAGUACAUGGGACUGAAACUCGGCCCCGCCCUCAAGAUAUGCAACCUCGUCUCUAAGGUCCGCAACCGACGACAUUUCAACGCCUAGUUGGUCGUCUUGGUAAGGUUUAAGUUAUCUUGACCGUUUAACACGAGAUACAUUUUUCAAUCCAAGUUUUGGUUACUUCGUGCGGUUAAAAAACUUCGGUAUUGUAAACACACGUUGAAUCAAACAAGGUAAAGUUAAAAUUCCGCAGUUCACCCGUAGCGGACGUCAUGAUUGGAAAAUGGCUGGCAUCGACUUAAUGUUUACAAAUGUAACAUUUUUUUUUUCACAUGAAUAUUUAAGUUAAGGCAAAUUGUUUUUUGUCAAAUCUCAAGCCUGUAUUACGAAACUACACUUAAGUAUGGUUAACGUUUGGAAAUAUAAGCCACAACUAUUGAAAUUUGGGUAAUUCUCACGAAAUUCUUCAUUCUUAAAAUAACAAAAAGAAAAUUGAAAAUAUUAGUUAUUUAUUUUAUGUGAAUUUGAUAGUACUAAUGUUACUUGAAUUUAAUUAGGUAGUGGUCCCAAAAAUUAUCGGGUUUUAUGUUAUGAAGAUAUUUUAAAAAAAGUGAGGGAUUGAUUAUCACAUAAGUCAUGAAGCUAUUUAAAUAAAAUUAGUUUUCUUUCAGAGAAAUCUUUUUAUUAAAUUAAGUUUUGCUCUUAAACAAUAAGUAAGAUUGAUCAGUAAUUCCAACAAAUCACAAAAUUAUUGCAGCACUUUGGCAUAACUGUAAUUUAAACUUAUUUUUAUUUAUUUCGGCACUUAAUUUAGGCUUUUAAUUAAUACAUAAUUAAAAUGAAAUCCUUUCUAACUCAAAGAUUCUUAACAACAAAGAAACUUCUUAUUUUAAACUUUAGUCUCAUAGAUAAAAUGAAUGUUUAUGUGUAUAUGUAAUGUAUCAAAAUCAACAAAACAAAAUCUAUAACUUAACUGGCUUUCUGCGUUUUUUACUUUAUAAUGCUAAUUUUUAACUGCGUUUUUUACUUUAUAACGGUUCGGUUUCUUCGGUUUUUUUUAUCAUAAAUUUGUAAUAUUUUUAAACAAUCCAACCUACUUGAAUAAUGAUUCGAAUGAUUUUUGUGCUUUUUUGGUAAAUAAAAGUAAAUAAAAUUGGUACUUGGGACACAGUGAGGGAAUGAUGUUAGCAACAUUAUGCUUAUACAUUUUUAUUUAUUUAUUUAUACGGAUUUUAAAUAUUAUGUGAAACUUUUAGGUGGAUUUUAUGGAAAUAUUAGUAACAUCCAUUUCUUUGUUGGAUUUUUAUAUAAACUCCAAGGACAAGAAUUUCGGAAUUUUCUGAAAAUUACCCAUAUAUGUCGCAGUAAAGUAGUUAAAUCUACAGUUAAUUGUAUCUCUAGAUAGUUAAUUAAAGAUCGACAUUCAAGCAAGUCGCUGAAGUUCCGUUAAACAAGUGACUGAACGAAACGUUUAACGAGUUUCCUAAACGUUCCUAGGCAACAAGACUAACCCAUCCUAACCAUUUCCAAUAAAACAAAACACGGAAUUUCCAAACUCUUAGUACUUACCGAUCACAUCGAAAUCAUAAUGGCGGAGUUGACAACAUGUGUACAAUUUCACCAAAGACCGCAAUUUGAAACAAAAAACCACUUUGAAAGAAGUAAUAAAAUAAUCAGCUGUUGUCAUGACCGCCAUGUUGUUUUACAUUAUAAAUGAAUACGCUGGCUUUCAGUCAGACAAGUAGUUAAACGUUUUCGACGCUGCUUCAUUUAAAUCAAAUUGCUAGCGACUUAAUUGAAUAUCUAUCUUUUAUUAACUGUCUAUAGAUUCAAUUAACUGUCUGAUUUAACUACUUUACUGCGACACACAUAUAUAUAUAUAUUUGGAAAUAAAUGAUAAAAAAUUAAACAAUUUUUUUAGUUAGUAAGACCAUUGUAUAUUAGAGUUGCAUAAUCGUUGAACUAUUAGUUAUCAAAUCUGUUAAAUAAUUAAGUAUCUUUGCUCCUCUCAUCAAGAACUGCUUAAAACAAUUCUACCUAUAAAAUCGUUUUAGUCGAUAUGAGCCUUAAGCUCUAAUCAACUUUGUUGAUUAUUUAUUAUUAUUAAACUAAGAAUAUUUAGUUGUUUAAACUAAAUCAGUCAUAUAACACUGCUCAUUAUAAUUCAAGAGUUUUGUAUGAAAAACCUUAACAGAGGCUCGAACAUGUACUGCAAAUAGCAGAUACAAAUUGUUGCCUAAACAAAUAAUUGUUUGAAUUAAAACAACGUAAUAAUGAUUUAGUAUUAGUUUAAUACAAAUCAGUUUAGAUCUGCUCUCCUUUCCACAAAUCGUAUCAACAUAUACAAAGUAUAUUUGAUAUCUAAAUUUUCUAUGUAAAUAUAGGCGUGUACAUAUUUCGUAUGAGUGAAAAUGCAUUUAAUGUGUGCUCACAGUAAUCGGGUUCGAUUUCUGAGAGAUAAAGAAUAUAAAAUAUUUCUUUAUUUAGUUUAGGUUUUGGGCCUAUUAUUUUCUUAGUCGCAAAUAAAGUAUUGAUUGACCUAUUUUUAGUAUAGCGUCGGCCAUUUGAUGUAUGAUUAGAAUAGUUUGCCAAUUCUUCGCGUGUCUCGGUAAUUCGCUCAAUAUUAGGGCGUAUUCUUUCCUAUGUCAGGUUAAAAUAAGGCUUUAGAGCACAUUUCGUAAUUCUUUUAAAUAUUUCGUUCUAAAAUAGUGUUUAUGUUGUCUACAACCCGUCCGCGGUUUUCUUGCAUUUCAAUAAAUCACUUGCCUUUGAGACAUAUAUCUUACAAAUCGACUGAGUUAUUAACUAUUAUGACUAACACCAAGUAGAUUGUCGCACAAUAUCGAAAGGCUUUAUCGCUUUUCGUUGCGUCUGUACAAAAUCUGUAAUUAACUGUAUAGAAAUUACUUAGAUUAGGGUCUUAGUGCCUUUCGUAUUUGGGCAAACAGUCCUCAUUUACUUCAUUCGAGUAGAUCCUCUUUUAAAGCAUUUUCAUCAUCCGUAGAUUGUAGGACGGCCUCACAUACUUAGGUAUAGUUGACAUUGCUGUUCAUUACAGUAUGGAUGACGUUGUAUCGCUAUAUCAUCGUGAUCGUAUCCUCUUGUUUUGUACUAAGAGCGCGGCCACACGAUGCGGUAACAAUUAUUUCGAGCUAUAGGGUGUCAUACGGGCGUUGCGGUGCGGCAAUAUAUUUUACCCCUCCCCGCUUCGUCUCGCAGGUCGCGCGUUUGCGGUAUCAGAUGUUUCCCUUUACCAAAGAGAAAUAGCCUAUCUUGGAAUCAUGGACUUUUUUUAGCGACUAGACUCCUAUGAUAUUAAAAAUUACUUUUUUGGUGAGUUUGCCUUUAAGUUCCUUUGAGCGUAUAAUAUAAAACUAUGUUACAUUAAAUAUUAGUUUGCCAUCGAUUUAAUGUUUGAACAUUUGAUGUGAUAUAAUGUUAUUUGUUGUUGAUGGAAGUGUAAAAAAUUAUGUUGAAUUAAUUGUUAAGCAUAAGUUCAUGACAUUUUUACUGGCUUAGGUUAGAUUCGCAGAAACUGGCCUCCCGUAUGUCAAAAAUCUUUAUGUUUUCGCCAUGUGGGAGACAUAGUCAUCGCUGUCUCAUUUUAGGGAGCGUUCAAGUAUUACAUCACGCAAUUUUUGGAGAUUCUUAAUCCCCCCCCCCAUGCAACGCGCCGUAACGUUUUUCUGUACCCAGAAAGUAGUAAAACGAUUCGUUAACACCCAGUGACUCAUUAAACCUAAAAGUUGCCAUUUAUGUGGUGUAAAGUAUUGGAAAGUCGAAAAUAAUAUUAACAAUAACGCAUAGUACAAUCUCCGCCCCGAAUCGUAACUUUUUACCCCAAAACCCUUUUUUGUUUGUUGUUUUACUUGAACGCUUUCUUACCCGUAGUGUAUCGAUCUCCAUUAAUGAUCGUAGAAGCGUUUUUAUCGCAUUUUGUGUCUCAGAAUAAAUUCAAUAUGAUGAAUGUAUAUUUAACUGACUUAAAAGAGGUUAUCAAUUCGAUGUGUAAUGUUUAAUUGGCGAUGUAUACUCAUGAAUAUGUAAAUAAAACAACCUUUAUUGAAAUAUCUUAUUGCAGUUUUGUUAGUUGACGAGGAUUCGACGUAGGAUUAGACUACAUUCAGGCUGAUAACACUGUUUCCUCAAUAUUUCCCAAUAGCACUAUUCCGUCAAAUAUAAAGCAAUGAUCAUCAGUUGAUAAAUUAUAUAUUACAUAGAAUUAUGUAUGUAAAUAUCGACGGUAAAAUUGUGAGCGUUCAACAAUAUAAAUGCUAUUAUUUUAUUACUGUAGAAUUUAUUAUAGUUUUAUGUACAUAAGGCAGAUAUUGAAGAGGAUUGUGCAUAAAUAAAUUCGAUUAUUGCAA